AUGUCAGAGGACCCCAUCUAUGUGGUUGAUUUUGAUGGUCGCAUCAGCCGUGUGUAUGAUUCUGGUGAACAGUCCGAAGUGAUCAUUUAUCUGUCACACGUUGUAAGCGAUGACUGGAAUGAACAGAAUUCAGCACCGCUCAGUCCGACGAAACAUCACAGUAACAGUGUUGUAGGCAAUCCUGGUAUGUAUUUUUUCUUUAAAUUUACACACACAUACACAAUUUUGUUUUUUUGUUUCAGUAUUUUCCAACUCAAAAUUGAAGACACAUCAGUGCGAGCUGCCCUCUCCCCACGGUUACUAUACUAG